AUGCUGGUGACGGAUACAGUCAGCAACCGCAAUCACAACAGCCAGAUCCUCACUACCAACUCUUCUACCACACCCAACAACCGCAGUGGUAGCACUGAGGGCGGCUAUCUAACGACUCUGCCUCCUGAGAUCCUCUUUGAGAUUCUCCAAUAUGUCGGUGUCGAUGAGCUCAGGGCUGCCAACCUAGGCGGGUUGUUUAUAUGCAAGUACUGGUACAGCAUCGCCUCAAUAGUUCUGCUAGAAAAUAUAAAACUGUCCGCCACCGGCUUGAAGAGAUUCCCCGCACUGCAGCACUCACUGGUUACGCAAGAGCAAUCUCAACCGCAACCUCACCAAGGGAGUACACGCACAUGCACAUGUACCCAUCUAACAACAGCAAGAUCGGGAUCUAUACAUGGCUGCACUACCCUCACGGCAUCGCGGAUAAAAUCCCUCUCCGUCCAACUGGCGGGUUACUCGAACUGGCCAGCAGUGCUCGAUCCCACGACACACCAAGGAAUCCCGGAACGGUUCACAAUCCUUGCCCUGUGGGCCGAGGAGACAAGGGCGGAUAUAAUGCGCCUUGCUCAGUGGCUCGGCACGCUGCAGACACUGACUCGAUUCCGUUUCCAGGCAAUGGGCGAGUUGGACAGGCGUGGUCGCAUGCAGGCGCAUAUGUUCGAACAGAUGAAGAAUUACUUGCACGAGGACGCCGUAGGGCGUCUGUGUAAAAGUAUUCCAACGCAGCGCUUGACGGUUCUGGAGCUGGAUACGUGCGGAUCGGCCUUUUUAAAGGCGGAUGUGGAUAUGGAUGUGGAUAGCAGAGAGGGCUUGGCGAAGGAGCAUAUAUGUUCGCUGAUCGGGAUGUACGUUCCGGUCCUGCGACGGUUGAGGGUGAGGAUGCAUCGCAUUUGCCCGGAGAUUUUUGGCAGUUGCAGAGUUAGUAAUGCCCGACAUACGACAGCGCGGAAGGAGUUUGUAUUUCAUUUGAGUUUGUAUGAUCCAUUGAAGAGGGUAACUGGUGCCAAAUCUGCGAUGCCGUGUACGGCAGCAGGACCGUGUGGGAGGGAAGUUCUGAUAAAUAAGAUGAUUGAGGGGGCAAAAGUGGCAGUGAAGCAGAUGCCAAAUUUGAAGGUUUCGGUUUUAUAUCAUGUUUACCCGUUUGAUCUUGUGGCGAUGGAUUGUCGGACGGGGGAGACGAAGCUGGUUGACAGCCAGAUUGACUGGCUGGACAAUGAAGAUGUUGUUUUCGAACAUGGGAUGCACAGUUCGGCUAAUUCGGGGAACUUCGUCAGCGUGUGCGCAUUUUGA